CAGAAUAUGGGAUUGCAGAACAGCCCCCUCAAAUCGGCACUAUGCACUGGGUUGUAUGCAUAAAAAAUAGUGCACUACACUAUGCAAGAACAUGAAAAAGCACUGUGCCCAGCACAGAACUCAGGCAUCAGCUGCGUGAUUUAGCAUCAUGUGACUGAGGGUGUGCUUAGGACAGGAGCACAGGAUACGUCACUCUGGCUGAGCUUUUCUGCUGCAAACAAGGAAACAAUAUUGUUAAAAUGGAUACUACAGGAACAGUCAUAAAAUGCAGAGCUGCUGUAGCCUGGGAAAUACAUCAGCCGCUAGUAAUUGAGGAAGUGGAGGUACAGCCACCAAAAGCUCAUGAAGUUCGGAUUAAGAUGGUAUCUACAUCGAUAUGUCGGACAGAUGACCACGCGAAGCAUGGUGAAAUUAAAAAUAUUGAUUUUCCAGUAAUUCUUGGUCAUGAAGGAGCUGGGAUCAUUGAAAGUGUUGGGGAAGAUGUGACUGACCUAAAACCAGGAGACAAAGUAAUCCCACUAUGCAUUCCUCAAUGUGGAAAGUGCAGUUCCUGUCGGAGUGCACACACCAACUGUUGUCUAAAAACACACCUUAUUGAAUCCCAAAAUGUAAUGCCUGACAAGACUUCUCGGUUUUCCUGCAAAGGAAAAGUUGUGUAUCACUUUUUAUGGACAAGCACAUUUUCUGAAUAUACGGUCGUGCCUACUGAUGCUGUAGCAAAGAUUGAUGAUAAAGCACCAUUGGAGAAAGCCUGUCUUUUUGGAUGUGGUUUUCCCACUGGAUACGGAGCUGCCAUGAAUACGGCUAAGGUGGAACCUGGCUCUACUUGUGCCAUAUUUGGUUUGGGAGCAAUAGGGCUGUCAACCAUUAUCGGCUGUAAAUUAUCUGGAGCUGCAAGAAUUAUUGCAAUAGAUGUAAAUAAUAACAAGUUUGACAAGGCUAAGUUGUUUGGAGCUACAGAAUGCAUCAACCCCAAGGAUUACAAAAAGCCAAUUGAGGAGGUGAUCAUUGAGAUAACAGGACAUGGAGUGCAUUAUUCUUUUGAAUGCAUCGGGAAUACAGAUGUCAUGAAAGCAGCCCUUGAGUGCACUCACCAAGGAUAUGGAACCAGUGUCAUCAUAGGUGGAGCUCCUCCAAAUGCACACAUCACUUUUGAUCCAUAUCUGUUGUUUACAGGACGCACAUGGAAAGGCAGCAUUUUUGGAGGUUGGAAAAGUAAGGAGUGUGUCCCCAGACUGGUUGCUGACUACAUGGCAAAUAAAUUUAAUUUGGAUGGAUUAGUGAGCCACAAUUUACAAUUUGAACACAUCAAUAAAGGUUUUGACCUAUUGCAAUCCGGGGAGAGCAUACGUACAAUUUUGAUGUUUUAAACUAGAGAACGUCCUGCACUGGUGUUAUCUAUGUUGUGUACAAUCAUAUUGGAGACAGCGGAGGAGAAUCAAAUGGAAUUUUUAAAUUGAAACCAUUUCAUUUUUGAAGGAAUAUUUUUUGCUGAUAUUUUACAUUUAAUGUCACCUCACCUAUCUUUCAAUAAAAAAAAUUGUUAUAUUCUA